CCGGCACCAAACAUUAUCAACUCAUUCAAAACGAGAAUACAACGCGACAACAGAUAUCCUUGAGCAUUUUUUUAAGUCACUUCAAGUGAUACCGCGAGGACAACAGACAUACUCACAUAAGUUGCAGAAUAUUGACUAGAGACAAUCUCUGAAACGGUAUUUUCAAGAUGUGUAAUUUAAAAGUGAUGGUAGUUCUUGUUUUUGUGUCGGCUGGAGCUAUAUCUACAGGUGCAGAUAUGGAUGAAGUUAGUGAACACAUCAAAAGGGUUUCCACCAGCAAGUAUCCCUGUCGAUACCCUCAACCCAGAGUGAUGUACCUCAGGGAAAUUAUUGGGGACGAGCUGUGGGAAAACAAGUACAAGAAUGACAUGAGAGAUAUACGUCCAUUCCACACAGUUCUUCACAGAUGCGAAGGCUCCGGAUGUUGCCCGAAAUACAAUCAAAGAUGCAAGCCUGCUGAUACCGAAACUGUAACACUGAAAUAUGUGGUGAUAACCAAACAGAAAUUCGUGGAGUUCCCAGCAGAAAAUCACACUUCGUGUCAUUGCGAAGAAAUAAGCGAUAAUCUUAUAAAAUAGAAGAAACUACAUAGACAAUUACGUGUAAUUGGUAUCUAGCUUGUGAUAAUGACAUAUCUGUGAUAUUAUUGUAUAAAACUUAUUUAUUUCAAUUUUUGUAAAAUUGUGUUUUUGUCAAUAAAAGGGUAAUCAACUAUG